UCAGACCAGCGCGAGCUCUCCUCAUCGCAAGCUUUGGCGCGUGCAGUAACCCGUGGUAACGGUGAUUUUUUUUGGAGUCGGCUUGAACUUUAUGUUAGACUUUAGUUCAGAUUGACUAGAAAAGUAAAUGACCUGUACCUGUGAGUGAGGGCGUCUCUGACGUCUAAAAUCCAGAACAAUAUGAAGACGGACGAAGAUGCUGGUGACAUGCGAGGUGUGACAGUGAACCGGUUCGCGGAAGAGGCUCCUUCAGCUGGGAUGACAAAGAAUGGAUACUUCUAUCAGGAGAUGGAACAGCGGGAGAAAGAGGAGCCGGAGGAUGGGAGCGAGGAACGGGAGGAGGGCCAGGACUCACCCAUACCCUCUGGAGAUGACAUCCACCUCUACGCUAACCAGACACACCCAGGGGGGACAGAUUCAGACGUCCAUGGAUGUGUACUGCUGAACACCUCCAGGAGAUAUGUAAAGCUGAUGAACUUUGAGGAGGAGGUGCGCGCGCACCGCGACCUGGACGGCUUCCUGGAGCGGGCGAGCAUCCUGCUGCACGAGGACGAGGCCUCACUGGACGACGUGCUCAAGACGAUGCUGCGGCACGUCUCGCAGGACCCGCACACCGCCGAGCCCGCCUGCAACUUCGAGGAGAUCAUGAGCUCGCUCUUCACCGACGCUGGCUCGCAGGAGGUCAAUGACAGGUCUCAAAGCUUCAUUUUCUGUGACAACGCCCCUGUUAACCCCGCCCAGUCCCCCACUAAUCCCCCCACCUGUUCCUUAGUGCACCUAUUAUCGGAGACCCUCCAGUGCGUCACGGCAACGGCCACAGGAGUUCAGUACCAGCAGUCCUGGCUCUGCAUACUCUGUAACGUGAAGACCCUGCAGCGAAGGCAUGUGUGUAUUUCUCGGCUGGAGCGGCCGCAGAACUGGGGGGAAAACUGCGCCGAGGUCCGCUACGUCAUCCUCAUCCUGUCACCGCUCAAAAUGAAAAGCACUAAGACGGCUAUGGAGCUGGGCCGCACGUUUGCCACCAUGUUCUCCGACAUCUCCUUCCGCCAGAAGCUCCUGGAGACCAAGACACAGCAGGAGUUCAAGGAGGCCCUAGUCAUCCAGAGAUACCUUCUGACCUCCGCCAAGCACAAGCCGGUCACCACCGAGGAGGAGGGCACUGACCCACACAGCCACAAGCCACUGAAGUCUGCAGAUAGAAUGUUCUGUCUCUCACUGCUGUGUGCUGAUAUCUGUUGUAGAGAUUUUUUCCGGGUGGGGAGAGGGAUCUAUGAGGAUUUGUGUCGACGUCUACCUCUCUACGCAUCUGACUUCACAGAUGGUAUUGUUGGCAGUAACAAAGCUCUUGGGAAGUACAUGACCACAGCCAUCUUCCUCUACAUCGCUGUGCUGCUUCCAGCCAUCGCUUUUGGCUCACUCAAUGAUGAGACCACACGCGGAGAGAUAGAUGUGCAGAAGUCGAUCAUUGGGCAGAGUAUUGGUGGGAUCAUCUACUCCUUGUGUGCCGGUUCCCCACUAGUGGUGCCUCUCACAACAGCUCCCAUCGCUAUAUUCAUAGGAGUGAUCCGGGGUAUCUGUGAUGAUUAUGACCUGGACUUUGCUGCGUUCUACGCCUGCAUCGGGCUCUGGAACUCAUUCUUCCUCAUCCUAGGAGGAGUCUUCAACCUCAGCCUCCUGGUGAAACUCUUCAAGAGGUCAAUAGAGGAGGUGAUUGCACUCUUCAUCUCUAUUGCUUUCGUGGUGGAUGCAGUCAAAGGCACAGUAAAAAUCUUCCUUAAGUAUUACCAUCCGCCCACGCUGGCCAAUGGCAGUUUUGCAGAGCUGCAGCGUGUGAACGCCGGGAUUCUGGACGCCGGGGUUAACAUUACAGGGGCUGGGAUUGUGACCCUCCCAGAAUCCUUCAUUCUGUGCACACGGGCUCGGCCCCUGCUCUGCCUGCUGCUCAUGCUCGGCACCCUGUGGUUGGGAUACACACUUUACGAGUUCAAGAGGAGUCCAUUCCUGCAUUAUAAAGUCAGGGAGCUUUUGUCAGACUGCGCUCUGCCCAUCUCUGUGCUCAUAUUCUCCUUCAUUGGGUCAUAUGUUUUCAAUGACAUCGGCUUGCCGGUGUUUGACUUCCAUCAGGGGCCGUUGUUCCGCCUGGCUCCGUUGCAGAAGCUGUCUGGGGCGAGUGUUCUGAGUGCCAUGGGCCUGGGCUUCCUGCUGGCCCUGCUCAUCUUCAUCGACCAGAACAUUGUGGUGUCGCUUACCAACGCCCCGGAGAACAGGCUAGUUAAAGGCACAGCGUAUCACUGGGAUCUGACACUGUCGGGGAUUGUCAACAUCCUGAUGUCGGUGCUGGGGUUGCCAUGGAUGCACGCAGCGUUCCCUCACUCUACCCUUCAUGUCAGGCAGCUCGCCUUCGUGGAGGAGCGAGUCGAAGGGGGACACCUCUAUGAGACCAUAGUGAGCGUGAAGGAGACGCGUGUGACGUCCCUGGCUGCCAACAUCCUGAUUGGCGUGAGCGUGUUCCUGCUGCCAGUGCCCCUGCAGUGGAUCCCCAAGCCCGUCCUGUAUGGCCUCUUCCUCUACAUCGCCCUCACCUCCAUCGAUGGCAACCAGAUGUGUGACCGAAUGGCACUGCUGCUUAAAGAACAGACGUCCUAUCCUCCCACCCAUUACAUCCGUAAGGUCCCGCAGAGGAAGAUCCAUUACUUCACUUUCCUGCAGAUGGUGCAGUUGCUGUUCCUCUGUGCGUUUGGGAUGUACCCCUUACCCUACAUGAAGAUGAUCUUUCCCUUGCUCAUGAUCAUUCUGAUCCCUAUCAGGAAUUGCCUGCUCCCGCGCAUCAUCGAGGCUCGCUACCUGGAUAUCAUGGACGCGCAACACAUGUAGAGAGAGAGGGAGAGAGACUGAGCCGAGCCGCAAAGCCCUCUGGGGGAUGUAGUUCUGGAACACAAAACACUGGGAGGAAACAGUCUGAUUUAAAACAGGGAACUGCAGCUGCACAGGUGGAGCUCUGGAAUGAAGAGAUGCAGCAAUGAAGAAGGAAGAGGAGGAGAAGAAAUGGAAUAAUGGACAGGAAAAACGAGAGCUGAAUAUAUAUAUAGAUAUCUACAGAAUGAUGGAUAAUUGAGAGAAAAACAUAUAUAUAUAUAUAUAUAUAUAUUUAUAUAUAUUUAUGUUUUAUAUUUUGAAAUAGAAGAAGCAGAAA